AUGAGCUCCGGUAAGCAAGAAGGGCCCAAGCUGUUCAGCUCGAGGAUCCUCUCAAGGGAUCGCUCAAACGUGGCCAACGCGUCCUUCAGGGUGUACUACAGCCUCGGCGCCGGCACCGUGCCCUUCUUGUGGGAGUCCAAGCCCGGCACGCCCAAGAGCUCCGUCACACCGGCCUCGGCCGCCAACGCCAUGCCGCCGAUCUCACCGCCACCGUCGUACCAAUCCAUGUCCCAAUCCAAGGCCAGAAAUUGCAGGAGGAGGUCAGCUUCUUGGCCGGCCAGAGGUUGGAUCACCUGGCUGAACCUGAACAUCAGGAGGCGGUCACCACCGUCAUCGCCAACAGAUCACCAGCAACGUUGGCUUGCCCGGGACCAUGGCGGCGGUGACGAGCGGCGGUCAUGGCGUUCCACCUUGUGCUUCUGA